CAACAAAAAAAAGCUCCCCAACAUGCUACAUUCCAAUUUAUGUUUGCAUCACAGCUGCAGAACCUGAAAAUGUGUUAAAAGCACUCCAUCAGCACAUCCCACGCCCCAUUCACCCAGAAACUAGGAGACAUCGACGACCAUAAAAACCGAAGACGAACGAAAAAAAAACACACCCCAUCCCGACCCAACAACGCAAGUUUAAACGCAAGGGAACAAACAAACCCAUUAUUUCGUAGUCGUUGACUUACGCGACGAAUUGUUUCUUUUUUUGUUGUUGUUGUCUAGUUUCCGAUAAGGUAAACAGGUAAUUUGCCUGUGUUUCUACUUCUUUCCUAGCUGGAUUUGUUUUUUUUUUCUUCUUUUCUUUCCCUCUCUCUCUCUCUCUCUUUACUUCAAAUGCCCUUAACUACAAAGCUUAGUGAUUAGCGACUUAGCAAUCCUUCCGGGUGGUUGUUUGACGAGGGAAGACAAAAAGUGCAUCCGCAUGGAACGAUGGGAUACAAUUCUCACCCGAACCACCAUGUUGCGAUGUCGGCGGUCACAUCUUCCGCUGUGUGAUGCAAUGGCUGCAAAGGAUGGUCGCGAAGCAAAGAAAAGGGAAAUCAUCGCACCGUGGCUGGUCACGCACUGGACACACACAUACGCGGCAUCGCGGGGGUCCGCCGCUAAUGAUGCGAUCCAUGCGUGCUCAGACGACGCUCGACGCUGGUUCGAUGUUGUUGAACGCGUGCCACGCGUGAAGUCAGUUCCGUUUCAUAGUCACCAAGUGUCACAAGUGUGUUGCGUCGGAAGUACAUCGAAUCUGUUCUUGUGGUGCAGUUUUUAAUUUUUUAAUUCCACAUUAAUCAAACGAUUGAUCGCUGGACGUAAGCCGAAGCACCAGAACGGCACAAUCAAAGCUGCAGACAAAGUUCCACAUGCACUCCAUCGCCCCAAAACCAUCGACCGAGUGACCGAGCGUACGAAGAAAGGAAAGCGGACGAACCGAAUCCGAAUCGACAACCGGGCGUGCCGAAGGAUUUCGCUCGCUCGGAACCGCUUUGGCGCGGUUUCGUGCGUUAGUUAGUUUUGCUGGUUUUUUUUUUUGCUGGUGGGUUUUUGGUUUAGCGUUCGCCACUUCGAUAUCCGAAUGGAAAACCGAACCACCGGCAAUCGAACAACGAGACGGCGCUAGCAAACGACCCUCCGGCCAAAAGUCGAAUCGCGAACGUGUACGUCGGUCGGGUGUGUGUCCACCGAAUGUGCAGAAAUGUGCGCCGUUUUGUGUGCGAAUGUGCGAAAUACCACAGUCGAUCAUCAAGCGACACCGACAGAGGAUGCAACAUUGAUGUGUUGAUGAGACGCGAACGGACUGCGGGCGUGAUCUAUUUGUGAGGCAUAGUGCAUUUGCUUUUUCUUGAGUCUUUUAAUCGCUUAAUAAAGUGAUAUAAGUAAUUGAAAAAUUAUUUUAAACUAAACCAAAAAGUGUGGAAACAGUUUAAUCACAACGUCGAAAAUUCGUGUUUAUCGCCACCUGAGAGACAUGGACGACCAACGAACCUACGACCGUCGGAACCGAGGUAAAACCAUCGUUCCCGCGUUGACAGUCGCACGUUAGUCGAUGUCGGUGUGUGGCUCGAUGUGGAUUGGUUUCGAGCCGCCUGGUAAAUCGCAUUCCCAAGCUCAAAGUGAUCGUGCUUGCGAAGGAUUCGUGAUAUAAGGACAGUGAACAAUCGCAUCAUUGUAUAGCCGAUAUUGGUGGUGAAAGGUGAUGGCCGGUGUGCCUUGUAGGUGCAACGGGUGAAACAGUGGUGUGGCAAUUGUUGCGUUGGUUGUGUUGUGAUUGUCAUUUGUUUCGGUUCCCCUGAUGGCAAAGGGAGGGACGGACACGGUGGAGGUACCAGUGCCAUUGGGAAGCAAUGGCGGCCCGAAUGGUGGGGGUCGCCAUCGGACCGAUGGAUUCUUCCAGCAGAAAAAUAUAUUCGCCAGUUUGCUCAUUCUCAGUGCGAUUUGUUGCUUCAUCGAGUGUAACGAUGUUAUCACAUCCAAAGGUGAUACUCCUUCCGUGUCAGCAAAAAAUACAGUAAUGGCCGUGUUUAGUCCUCUGAUCAAAUCUCCCGGCCCUUGCAAGUUUCUUUCCGGCACGCGCAAACAAAACCAUCAGUGCCGGCGUGAUAUCGGGUUACCGGAGGCAAUCAAGGAAGCGCGCCGUCUGGCGGUUACGCACUGCGAGGAACAGUUUCGAUACGAUCGAUGGAACUGUUCGAUAGAAACCAGAGGCAAGCGUAACAUUUUCAAAAAGGUAUAUCGUGAAACGGCAUUUGUGCACGCACUAACCGCUGCCGCCAUUACGCAUGCGGUUGCGCGUGCAUGUGCUGAAGGAAAAAUGACCAAAUGUCAGUGCGCCUCGGAGAGAAAACCUGAAGCUACGAGCCUAGCCUGGCGCUGGGGCGGAUGCAGUGACAAUCUAAAGCACGGCAAGCGUGUCGCGCGGAACUUUCUCGAGCUGCAACCGAAAAAUGGUGAUCCAGUUGGUGAAAUGCUUCGACAUGAUAGUGAGGUUGGCAUCAGUGCAAUUACCAGUGCAAUGACGGAUCGUUGCAAGUGUCAUGGCGUUUCGGGAUCAUGUUCGAUGAAAACGUGCUGGAGAAGGCUUGGCGAUUUUAAUACGACUGCGGCACUGCUGAGAACCAAGUACCAUCUUGCCAUACGGAAAAUUCCGGUUAAUAAUAAAACAUCACGCCGAUCGGCACCGAGGAACUUCCGGCCAAGGGAAACAAUCUACGAUCAGCUGUACUACUUCGAAACCUCACCCACCUUCUGCUCGGUGACGCGUGGCCGCCGUUGUCUGCAUCCGGAUAACUGUGCGACACUUUGCUGCGGCCGUGGCUACACCACUAAAGUCAUCAAAACGCUCGAAAAGUGUCGUUGCCGCUUCACGAACGGACGCUGCUGUCAGGUGGUGUGUGACUACUGUGAAAAGUACGAGGAUCGAUAUUACUGUAAAUAGUAGUUCCAUCGUGUAUCAGGCGUGUAGUGUUCACGACCCGCGAAAGCACAUUUAUUUAUUCACCUUCAACCUGUAGCCUGUAAGAUGAGCGCAAAACAUAAAACAUUAGGGCAAGAAAAGCGUUUCCCCCAUUUCAUGUAAGCCAAUCACAUGUUCGUACUCAUACAUCUUAAUGUUAGAGAUUAUUUAAAAAAAAGAAGAAAACACAAAGAUUCACGUAGUCAGCCCGUUCAGCUUUUGUGUACAUUGGAACUGCAAAGCACUAGCAAAAAAAACUAAUCUAAGAGGCAGCAUAUGCAACGGAAUGCUCACUACAUUUUCUGGUGGCCAUCAAACGAACUCUCUAGUUUUCGUGUAUCUUUAGCGGAUUUUAAUAAAACAAAAACAUCCCCACUACCCGAUAGCAUUUAGCCGUAGUUCAUGUAAAACGUGUCUAUAUUAGGUGUAGCUUCGUACCGUGGAAUGGUAGAGAGACAAGCACAAGCUCACACCGCAUCCAAGCGCUAAUAUAAACGCUAGAUUAGUUUUCAUAUUUAUCUCUCUAUCUCGCUCUCGCUUUUAAUCAACUGCAAUUAAAGUAAAAAUAAAUCAAAACUAGUUGUAGAUCAUUAUCGUAAAUAAAACAAAGUACUAGCGUGUUUAUUAAUUUUUUUUAUUAAACAGCUGAUUUCCUAAAGCUUUCAACAUGAUCAUAUUAAUAGUUUUAUUGACUAUAUUAUAAUCGAUUUCCAACAAACGGGAAAAAUGGAGAAAAGAGUCGCUCUGAGGACGAUUGGGUUAUGACAAUUGGGAACUAUUUUGGAAGGCUAGGAGUUCGCGAAAGAGAUCCCUAUUAGGUUCCUUAGACAUUUGGUCAAGACCCCAAUAAAUUGUCUCUUUUCAUAAAUUACAUGGUUUAUAGUUCAGAUACCUUAUGUACACAGAGCAUCCAUCAAUAUCUCGAAAAAAAAACCGUCCGUUGAGGCGAUUGAACCCAAUUUUAAGUCAGGCGACUCUAACU